AUGUCGGCGGCGAUAGCGAACGGCGAGAACGGUGAUCAUGAAGAGGGGGCGCCGGCGAGUAAGAGGAGGAGGAUUGCUCUUGCUUGCAAUGCCUGUCGGAUCCGGAAGAGCAGAUGUGAGUUAUGUGGUUACGUGGACGAAGGCAAACUCACGACUGACUGA